UCCAGCUUCACUCAGAGACUAAAUGGCUUCCAGAUUAGAGGAGGAUCUCUGCUGUCCGGUCUGUCAGGAGGUCUUCAGAGAUCCUGUUGUUCUGUCAUGUAGUCACAGUUUCUGUAAAGUCUGUCUGAAGAACUGGUGGAGACAGAAUCCAUCACACCAGUGUCCAGUUUGUAAGAGAAGAUCUUCAAAGGAGGAUCCACCUUCAAACUUGGUGCUGAGGAACCUGUGUGAGUCCUUCUUACAGGAGAGAGAUCAGAGAUCUCCAGAGGCUCUCUGCAGUCUGCACUCUGAGAAACUCAGACUCUUCUGUCUGGACCAUCAGCAGCCAGUGUGUCUCGUCUGCAGAGAUUCAGAAAAACACUCCAACCACAGAUUCAGACCCAUCGAUGAAGCUGCACCAGAUCUAAAGAAGAACCUUCAGGAAACUCUGGAGCCCUUAAAGAAGAAGUUAAAGGUUUAUGAAGAAGUUAAAGUGAAGUUUGAUGCAACAGAAAAACACAUCAAGGUCCAGGCCCGACACACAGAGAGGCAGAUUAAGGAGCAGUUCAAGAAGCUGCACCAGUUCCUAGCAGAGGAAGAGGAGGCCAGGAUGGCUGCACUGAGGGAGGAAGAGGAGCAGAAGAGUCAGGUGAUGAAGGAGAAGAUGGAGGCUCUGAGCAGAGAGAUAGCAGCUCUUUCAGACACAGUCAGAGCCACAGAGGAGGAGCUGAGAGCUGAAGACGUCUCAUUCCUCAACAACUACAAGGCUGCAGUGGAAAGAGUCCAGCGCUGCCCCCUGCUGGAUGAUCCACAGCUGCCCUCAGGAGCUCUGAUAGACCAGGCCAAACAUCUGGGCAACCUGGCCUUCAACAUCUGGAACAACAUGAAGGACCUGGUCUCCUACACUCCUGUCAUUCUGGAUCCAAACACUGCUGGAACAACACUGAUCCUGUCUGAAGAUCUGACCAGUCUUAGACGAGGAGAUAAACAACAACUUCCUGAUAAUCCAGAGAGAAUUGAUUAUUUCUGUUCUGUCCUGGGCUCUGAGGGCUUUAACUCAGGGACUCACAGCUGGAAUGUUGAUGUUGGAGAUAACACAUUCUGGUUACUAGGUGUGUUAGCAGACUGUGGUCGGAGGAAGGGAAGCAUACGAUCUGGAUUGUGGGGAAUAAGGUUCUAUGAAGGUAAAUACUCAACAUGUUCACCAUCAGAUCCUCACACUGAUCUCUCAGUAAAGAAGAAGCUCCAGAGGAUCAGAGUGAAUCUGGACUGGAACAGAGGAAAUCUGUCCUUCUCUGAUCUUGAUACUAACACACACAUACACACCUACACACACACUUUCACUGAGAGGAUGUUUCCAUUAAUUAUAACUGUGGAGAAGGUGAAGAUUUUACCAGUGAAUGUCUCUGUGUCAGUGAAUCAGAUCAGUUAGAGACAAACAGGAUGAUUAUCAGUGAUCAUAUAAAUUGUAGUAAACUGAUACGAACAAAUGAUUAAUUCAGUUGAAUAAACAAACACAUGAGUCUCAUCUUUGUGUUUGAUGUGAUUGAUUUGGUUCUUUGUCUACUUUCAUCUGUUGAUACUUUCAUUAAUUUUCACGCAGAAAUGUUGAAAACUCUGAAAGAUGUAAAUAUUUUUAAGUGCCACUGUUUAUGGAUGGAGGUAACGAUUCAUUCACUACAUCGAUGAAUCAAUUUAUUUUCCUACAAUCCAACUACAUCGAUCUGUGCUCGGGGAAGUUGGCCUUCCAGAUGACAUACAUUGAUAUAAUAUUAUUUUAAGUUAGUCUUAUUGGUCGACCAAAAUUCUGAUUGGUCAAUUUUUUUGCUGUGUUAAUUUCAUAGAGUCUACGGAUCAUUUUAUCAGGAGGAAAGAACCAAGUGCUAAUGGGGGUGUUUUCAGAGCAUCUCUGGGUCUCUCCAGCCCUUUACUCAACAAACUGACAAACACUUCACAUGUUCACUCAUCAGUCCAGAUCUGGACAUCUUCAGAUCUCAAAGGGAAAUAAUCUUGAUGUGUUUUUCAUCUCUUGCUCUUUGUUUCCUUGGCCGCCCACUGUGUCUGUGAUCCUACUAAAUCCCUGAGUUUGAACCUGUAGGAACUGAUGCUGGAUUAAAGAUAAAGUAACAACACAUACUGAUGUGACUUAGGUUUCUCUUUUGUUCGCUCGCUUUGCAUUUUGUAAAUAGUCUGGAACCAUCUGAGACGUCAACAUUUAGGAUGAGAACAUAAAAAGUGUCAGCAUUAAGUUUUAAAAUGGUUUCUACAAUCACAGAAUUUGAUCAAAUGUUUAAAGUGUGUGAGUUCUGUUUAAUUUUUUUGUGGUAAAUUUGUGAUGUGUUGCAGGAAGGCAGGACAACAGAAGAAAAGUUAGAAAGAAAAUAAAAGAAAAUACAAAAAAAGCAAAUAUCUCUGGAAAAGGAAAUAAAAAAAUACAAAGAGCCGAGAAACACGAGCAUCAACAGACGAACUAAGGACGAAUUGGAGGCUGUAGAGAGAUUUCACUAGAACACAUUAUCCUGUUUAAAGGAAACUAAAAGAUUAACUAGAAAAUGAAAUCUGUUCUUUAAUCAUAACCCCUAACUUUAAUCAGUACGGCUGCAACAAUCUUUUUUCUUUCAAUGUUUGAAGUAGAGACAUGUUAGUGCAUGUAGUCUGAGAGGAGUCUUCUAGUCCCAGAAAGCAGAUGCUCAGGUUUUUAUUCAUCAACUUUUAUUUCUUUGCUUUUCUAAAAGCCAGAGAUGACGUCCAGGUCUGCGAGGGCGUCACGGCCUCCUGUUCAGGUGUGAGAGCGUCACGGAAACCAGCAACUAACGUCAGCCAAUCAGAGCCAAGCUUUAUUCACACACAGCGGAGGAACAGGAGGUAUACAAAAGCCUUCAUAAAUACAGAGUGGUGUUCAUGGAAAACAACAACAACAACAACA